UCCAAUCAGACAGAGUUGGGUUUCUGGGUGGGGCCGAGGAAUACCCCAAGGAAUAUCUAUAAAGGAAUUCGGGCUCCUACGUGAGAAGCUCGGAGAGGGUGGUUCCAGGAGUUCCUUGUGGAGAGGGGAUCGUCCGUGACUCAGACCCCCGUCGAAAAGCUCUCGAUUUCAUGCAACCAACCUUACCCUCGUCCCCAACAAAAUCCUUGGUUUUAGCCCUGGGAAAAUUAGCGUAGGUGGUCAUGACCCCGGCUUCCUCUUUAAAAGCCCUCAGAACCUGGACCGGGCUCGUCAAUGAACCCUAGUGUUAGAAGCCACAAAUCAGGAACCGAGGUCGGGGAGCGGCUGUUUAGGGUGCAUCACUGUUUAGGAUGCAUCGGGGUUCCAUUUUCUGAGCAGAAGGGUGCGCCCUGCAAAUUGGGAGCCCGUUAGUUUUGGGGAAGGGUGAACAAGGGCCCCCUGGGUCUGAAGGACCGCAUGGAGUCUUGCUUAAGUGUUAGUAGGGUCCUCAGGUCUAGGAAUCUGGUAUGUGUUUUGGUUUUGAAGGAGUUCCGAGUUCGAUAAUAUCCUGGUUGGGUCUGUGUUAGAUGAUUUAUUGGUUUGGGCAUUGAAUCUUCAGCUUGAGGUUCAACAGGUUUUGAGGGGCUGGCGGGGGAGUGCCUCAGUGUUGCACUUAAGGGUUGGAGUUCAGGAUCACGUCAAUCUGGGGACUUGGAAAAUUUCAUAGUUUGGGAUUUUGGGAAGGGGCGCAUGGGGUUGGGAGAUUCCAGGUCCUGAGUUUGGGGACUUACGAGUGAUUCCUGUUUAAUAGUUUUUCUGAUCUCUCAGUUGGGAUUCCGUGAGAACCCUAAAUUUGGGGUCUCCUGGAUUGGGGCUCAGUUUCACACUUCGGAGGCAUUUGAUGAAGGACAUAGGUUCUCUUUAUUUGGAGAUUUCCUGAAGAUCCUCUUUUCGAGGUUUGCGGACCCCAUGGAUAGGCGGCCCAGUGGGAUUUCUUAAGAUGGAUUUUGGCUUUUCUCCGUUUAGCGUUCUCCUGCUCUCGGUUUGGGGUGAGAGCACCCUUCCUAACGGUCUUCGGGAACUGUGCGCGCCGGCUGCAAUGGGGCCGCAUUUUACCUUCCUGUGUGCGGCGCUGGCCCGUUGCUUGCUUCCUGCCGAGGGGUGUGUUAUAUGUGACCCGUCUGUCGUGCUGGCGCUAAAGUCCCUGGAGAAAGAUUACCUGCCUGGCCACCUGGAUGCGAAGCAUCACAAAGCCAUGAUGGACAGAGUAGAGAACGCCGUGAAGGAUUUCCAGGAGCUGCCGCUUAAUGAGGAUGCCUAUAUGGGGGUCGUUGAUGAGGCCACACUGCAAAAGGGGUCCUGGAGUUUGCUGAAGGAUCUGAAACGCAUCACAGACAGUGAUGUAAAAGGCGAUCUCUUCGUGAAGGAGCUAUUUUGGAUGUUGCACUUGCAAAAGGAAACCUUUGCCACCUAUGUUGCUCGAUUCCAAAAAGAAGCUUACUGUCCCAACAAAUGUGGUGUGAUGUUGCAAACUCUGAUCUGGUGCAAGAACUGCAAAAAGGAGGUUCACGCUUGUCGAAAGUCCUACGAUUGCGGGGGCCUCAGUGACCCCUUGAGCUUGGGUCUAGGUUUGGGGGAACAAUACGGAGACCUUGGUGUCCAAGGGGAAAGAGGCCACCCUGACCAAGCCCAUGGUGGGUCCAGAGGAUGCAGGCAGCUAUCGCUGCGAGCUGGGCUCUGUGAAUUCCAGCCCAGCCACAAUCAUCAAUUUUCACGUCACAGUGUUGCCCGAAAGGAUCAAGGAGGAAAAACCUUCUCCAAAUAUCGUAACCCCGGGGGAGGCGACCACGGAGUCGUCCAUAACCCUCCAGCCUCUGAAGCCCGAGAAAAUGCUGAAAAGCCGCCUUCUGGGGCUGCUGAUCUGCGGCUCCCUAGCACUGAUAACCGGCCUUACCUUUGCGAUAUUUCGUCGAAGGAAGGUGAUCGAUUUCAUCAAGUCCUCACUGUUUGGCCUUGGCAGCGGAGCGGCCGAGCAAACCCAGGUCUCAAAAGAAAAGGCCACAGAUUCGAAGCACCAAUAAAGAUUUAUCUUAUUGUCUAAGCAUCUGACUCACUCCCCGGGACGGGACUGAUUCUAGCCUUUGGUUCCCCGAGAGGAGAGGUCUGGGUAUGGGCUCCGGCCUGAGGGAGGAAGGGCGGGAAACCGGGACU